UGGAAUCACCAACACUUCUAAAGGAUGUCUUCCCCUCCUUCCCCCUUCACAGAGCUCAGGUUUUACUACCAUAAAGAGAGAGAGAGAGCUGAAAUGGCUGCAAAGCUCCAUUCAUGUAACCAUGCAGAUGAGGACUACAUAGAUAUGGAAGUCAGUUUACACUCCCAAUUCUUCUGCCAUCCCAUAAUCUCUUCUCCACACCCCAGAGAAUUUGAGUUCCAAAUGUUCUCAAGCGCCUUAGAGAGAGAAACCACAACUUCCCCAGCUGAUGAACUCUUCUACAAAGGAAAGCUCCUUCCCCUUCACCUUCCACCACGUUUUCAAAUGGUCGAAAAACUCCUCCAGAUCUCCACCUCCUAUGAUCACAAAACAGAUACCUUUCAAGAAUUUUUCAGUACUCCAUUAACCACUACUACCACCACCACACCUACAAUCAAUACCCCAUUUGAAUCCUGCAAUAUCUCACCUUCUGAAUCUUGCCAUGUUAGUAAAGAACUGAAUCCAGAUGAAUAUUUCUUCGAGUAUUCAACUGAACUAAGCCGUUCAAUUGGUGACAACCAGAAGAAGUCCAGGACCAGAAAGCUUAAGCUGGUCAAGCAUUUUUCACUUGGUUCAAAGCUGAAGUCUUUGUUUAGGAAAUCUGGUUGUUCAGAUGAGUCUUGCAAAUCAGGCGCAAGAAAUGUAGAGGAAGGAUCGAUUCUAAAGAUCGAGGAGUAUUUAAACAAGUAUGUAAAUGUAGCAAAGAGGGCUCCAUUCGGACAAAUUCAGAAAGACAAAUACCAUAUGCCAGUGACUGCCACAAGGAGCUUCAACAAAGAGCAGAUUGAUGCAGAUGGUAGUGGUCAUUGUAGGAGCUCAUUCUCAGGGGCAAUCAAAACGCUGUUAAAGACUAAGUCUUCGUCUUCAUCUGGCUCUUCUUCAUCUUCAGGCUCGAGUAAUUCACAUGAUUUCAACAAGCAGUUUCCAAACAGAAGCAGCAGUGUGAAUUCAGAGGUUGAGAAUCCAAUUCAGGGAGCGAUUGCUUAUUGCAAAAGCUCUCAGCAGCAGUACUCAAGAUAGACUGUCAGCGAAGUUGGGUUUCACUCGCUGUCAGCUUCCAAAAUAGUCUUCGAGGAUCAAGAAACACUAGGACUUUGCAAGGGUUGAAGUUGUUAAAGAAAGAUGAGGAAAACAAGGGUUGAAGACCAGAGAGUGAAGAGGGGAGAGACAGAAACAAGGACAAGCAUAAAUUUUGGUUGGUUUAUAAUGUGUUUCUUUUCCUUGCAUAAUCUGGUGUGAUGUUUAUCAUGAUUCAGUGUAAAAUUGUGCCGAGCAGGGCUGGCUCUGUACUGUUAAAUCAGACCAUCUUGUGGAAGUUUAUAAAAA